UUGAACAUGGGGACAGACUUAGCUUACAACUUUGUCUUCAAAGUGGUUUUAAUUGGGGAAUCAGGGGUUGGAAAGAGCAACCUACUGUCAAGAUUUACCAAAAACGAGUUCAAUCAUGACAGCCGUACAACCAUUGGAGUGGAAUUCAGCACUCGCUCCAUUCAAGUGGAUAGUAUUACCAUCAAGGCCCAGAUCUGGGACACUGCAGGUCUAGAGCGCUACAGGGCUAUUACCUCAGCGUAUUACAGGGGAGCUGUGGGUGCGCUGCUGGUUUAUGACAUCACCAAGCACCUGACGUAUGAGAACGUUGAGCGAUGGCUAAAGGAACUGUAUGACCACGCUGAUCCUCAUAUAGUAGUCAUGCUUGUGGGAAAUAAAAGUGACCUGGGAAAUGUACGCACUGUGCCAACAGAGGAGGCUAAGGUCUUUGCAGAGGCCAAAGGCUUGCUUUUUAUGGAGACCUCUGCAUUAGAGUCAACUAAUGUUGAAUCUGCCUUUCUUGAAGUUCUAACAGCAAUACACAAGAAGGUUGCUAGUAAAGAGGUCACCAGAGGAUCGAUCAGCGCAGUGACUCUGGGUCAGACUCUGGGCCCCUCCAGCGAGUUUAAGGAGGAGAGACGGUCCUGCUGUAACAGCUCCUGAACAGAUGAAUGAACAUCCAGACAAAGGCAUCAAGAGCAAAACAAAGACAUUUCCCUGUGACAUGGAUCCCAUCAUACCUGCAUGGAGGCUUUUCUUCAUGCUUGACCCUCACUGGAUGUCUUAUCAGUGAGCAAAAUAAAGAGGGGACCAGCGUUUUUUACUUUUAAAAGAUGUAAACAAUUGGAACUGAUAAUGUAAGAUUAAGGUAAUUAUGACUAGACAUAGAUGUAAAUUACUUUGGAUGAAACAAACGGUUGUGCUGUAUUAUGAAACUAUUUAUAUGGUGUGAAAUGAACAAAAUGUAUAUUUCAGUAUAGACUUCGGGUCUAUAAAUUAUAUAUAAAAAUAUAAACACCGCAAUCUUUACAACAGAGUAAAUAAUAUUUUGUACUGAUCUAUGAUAUGUUGAAAGUAUACAUUGUAGAAUGUCUUUUUACAGUUAUACAUUUCUCAUGGAAGCAAUCUAUGGCUUAUGGAUUUUUUAUAUUUUUGCAUUCAAUUUUUCAUCAUUUGUUUUCCAAAAGGGUGAGAUCGGAGUUCUUUCGUGCAAGCAAAUAAUUUCCUAUUCAUUAUAGAAACAGGAAGAAGCUCUGUACACUGCAUGCUGCCACUUGCAAAAUUCAUGAUAUUAACUGAAACCUUAAGACAAAAAGGUGCUGUUUUAAUAAAUAUAAGGAAUUUUAUGAAAGCUACAGCAA